AUGCCUAUGUUAAAAGACCCAUCAGUUAAGUACAAAAAGUUCCCACCAGUGAAUUUACCAAAUCGUCAAUGGCCAAACAAAACCUUGGACAAGGCGCCAAGAUGGCUUUCUACAGACUUGAGAGAUGGUAAUCAAUCUCUUCCAGAUCCAAUGUCUAUUGAGGAAAAAAAAGAAUAUUUCAAAAAGUUGGUCGAUAUUGGUUUCAAAGAAAUUGAAGUAGCUUUCCCGCUGGCCUCACAAAUUGAUUUUGACUUCACGAGAUUUGCGGUUGAAACCGCCCCACCAGAUGUAUCCGUUCAGGUCCUCUCGCCUUGCCGUGAAGAGUUAAUCAAGAGAACUGUGGAAUCCCUUAGAGGAGCCAAACGUGCCACGGUGCACAUAUAUUUAGCCACAUCGGAUUGUUUUAGAAAUGUGGUUUUUGGUUUGAGCAAGGAAGAAAGUAAGGACUUGGCGGUGAGAUGUACCGAGCUCGUUCGAAAGUUGACAAAAGAUGACCCAUCCACUGCGGGCACGGAUUGGGAUUUCGAAUUCUCGCCAGAAACUUUUUCUGAUACUGACUUGGAUUAUGCUGUUGAAGUUUGCGAAGCAGUUAAACAGGCUUGGGAGCCAAGCAAGGAGAAACCAAUAAUUUUCAACUUACCAGCAACGGUUGAAAUGUCUACUCCAAAUGUAUACGCCGACCAAAUUGAAUACUUUGCAACCCACAUCACUAAUCGUGAAACAAUUUGUAUUUCAUUACACCCUCAUAAUGAUCGUGGAUGUAGUGUUGCUGCAGCUGAAUUGGGCCAAUUGGCUGGAGCUGAUCGGGUUGAAGGAUGUCUUUUUGGUAAUGGUGAACGUACUGGAAAUGUUGACCUAGUUACAUUGGCAUUAAAUUUGUACACGCAGGGGGUUUCUCCGUACUUGGACUUUUCCGACAUCACAUCGGUGAUUAAUAUCGUUGAAAAAUGCAACAAGAUCCCAGUGCACGCCAGAACUCCAUAUGGUGGCUCCUUAGUUGUUUGUGCAUUUAGUGGAUCCCAUCAAGAUGCUAUCAAAAAGGGUUUUGCAGCCCAUCACGACAAAGUCAAGACUGCUGGUGGCAAGAAUGUACAUUGGCAAUUGCCAUAUUUGCCAUUGGACCCGGAGGAUAUUGGUCGUACUUACGAAGCAAUCAUUCGUGUCAACUCACAAUCGGGUAAAGGUGGUUCAGCAUGGGUUAUCUUGCGCAAUUUGGAGUUGGAUUUACCAAGAGGAUUGCAAGUUGCAUUUUCAAAAGUUGUGCAACAGCGAGCUGAAGUUAAAGGUCAAGAGCUCACUAAUGAAGAGUUGUGCGACUUGUUCAAACAAGAGUACUUUAUCGAUUACGAUGAAGAUGAUAAGGAAGUGGCUGAUCAACAUUAUAAAUUGAUUGAUUACUCGAUCAAGACUCCAGGUAAAGGUGUUAAGGAAAUCGAAGCUGAAAUCCAAAUUAAUGGAAAGUCGGUGACUGUGAAGGGUCAAGGUAAUGGUCAAUUAUCAGCUUUCAAUGAUGCUUUAGCAAAACACUUGGGUAUAGAUUUUGAUGUCAAGCAUUAUCACGAACACUCUUUGGGUGAAGAUGCUAAUGCUAGAGCUGCUACUUAUAUCGAAGUCGUGGUAAAUAAGAGCAUCACCAGGUGGGGUGUUGGUAUCAACACCGAUGUGUCACAAGCAUCCUUCCUUUCAUUGAUUUCCAUUCUCAACGGUUUAAAGAGGAAUAAAGAUAUUUAA